GCAAGGGUUUUGCCAAGUGACAUGGUAUCAGAAGCCUACUAGCCGCACUCUCUUCUUUUCUUCUUCCUCUUCGUAUCUUCUUCUUCUUUCUCAAAAUCAUGGCUCUUACAACUGAAAAAGCUUUUGGCGUUACACAUAUCAAGUCCUACAUCCCUAUUGUCUUAGAUAUGCAGAAGAUGAAUUAUGAUGCUUGGCAUGAAUUAGUUGAGACCCACUGUCUCACCUUUGGUGUUUCUGGCCACCUCGAUGGCACUUCUCUACCGACGAAUGCUGAAGACACACCAUGAAAGGAACGUGACGGUCUCAUCAAGAUGUGGAUCUAUGGUACCAUCUCCUCUUCUCUCCUCGAUACAGUCCUCAAAACUCGCUGCUCUGCUCGUGAUCUAUGGGUCACUAUUGAGAAUCUUCUCCACGACAACAAAGAGGCCCGUGCUAUUCAACUUGAAAACGAACUUCGAUCUCUUACCAUUGGCGAUAUGUCAGUCCAUGAGUACUGCCAAAAACUCAAGACUACCACGGAUCUCCUAGCCAACAUAGACUCUCCUGUUACAUAUAGAGCUGUGGUCAUGCACAUGUUGAACGGUCUCUCGGAAAAGUUCGAUAACAUUCACAACGUUAUCAAACACAGAUCACCGUUUCCAUCCUUUUAUGUUGCUCGCUCGAUGCUGAUCAUGGAGGAGGAUCGGAUUAACAAACAUACCAAGAGCACUUCACCUCAAGUCCUGCACGCUUGCUCUACGCAAGGUAACGUCCCACCUGGACAAACCUCUAACUACGUCAACAACUGUGGAGACCAGCACCAGCAAUAUUAUCAAGGAAAUUCUCGCAACAACCAAAACAGAGAACGUGGAAGGGGACGCUCUAACAACUACCGUGGACGUGGACGAAAUCAAAACAACUGGAACAACCAGUCCAAUUGGACUCAGCAGCCGGUUUCAUGGCAACCACAACCACCUCCACAGUUUUGGCAGCAGCAAAACUGGAACCAAAACCAGCAACAGUGGCGCCCUGCUCCUGGUCCUAUGGCCUAUCAGAUCACAGCUUCACCAUCUCCAAACGCAGGCAUACUUGGUCCUUACCAGCAGAGUGCAAGUGGUCAAACCCACUACAAUUCCGCAGCAACUUGCUCAAGCGUUUGGCACGAUGACUCUACAAGAACCUCAGGACGCAGGCUGGUACAUGGACACAGGAGCAACGGCACAUGUGACAUCUCAACCAGGACUUGACGACUCGAACUCCUCUGCUCCGAUGUAACAGCCCUGGACCUCUUUACUCCAUUGAUGUCACGGCUGCAUCAUCAUCUUCUCCCCAAGUAUUUCUUUCUUCUGCUGCAACAUCAACGGUGUGGCAUCGUCGUCUUGGCCACCCCGGCAAUAAUACUUUGCAAUCUCUUUUAUCUUCUGAUUUGAUUAAAUUCUCAAAAACAGAUCAUUCUUUUUGUCAUUCUUGUCAGCUUGGAAAACAUGUUAAACUUCCUUUUGAUUCAGUUCAAUCCUCUGUUUUUGAAACUUUUCAAAUGAUUCAUUCAGAUGUAUGGACCUCUCCGGUUUCUAGCAUCGGUGGAAAAAAAUAUUAUGUUUUUUUAGACCAUUUCAGUCACUAUGUAUGGGUUUACCCACUCAAAAGAAAAUCAGAAGUUUUCCAAGUUUUCUUA